CCAAGCUUCAAGCUCGGGAACGAUUAAUCGCGCGAAAAUUCGAGCUGGCCGCGCAAAAAGUUCCAUCCUCAAUGCCAAAGCUAUCGAUUAGUAUCGCCUGGCAAUUGGGCAUUGUUUUUUAUAGAAGCAGCAAGAUGAGCACCUAUCUACAGAGCAGCGAGGGCAAGUUCAUACCGGCCACCAAGCGGCCGGAUGGCACCUGGCGCAAGGCGCGUCGCGUCAAGGAUGGCUACGUGCCCCAGGAGGAGGUGCCGCUCUAUGAGAGCAAGGGCAAGCAGUUUGUGGCGCAGCGCCAGGCCGGAGUGCCGCCUGGCAUGUGUCCCCUGAUGGCCGCCGAGUCGAAGAAGGAGCGCGAGAAGCAGGAGCGGACCAGGGCCAAGAAGCAGGAAAAGGAAUCUGGCAGGCAGCCAAAGGCGCCGGCGCCCGGCGUCCUGGUUAUGCCGCCCAGCACGUGUCCGCCACCCAAAGUCAGUCAGCAACAGCAGCAGCAGCCCUCUGGCAGCCGGGACAUCAACUCGAUAUCCAAGGCGCUGGAGGACACCCUGAAACUGGAAGCGCCCCAGGAGGUGGACCCCGCCAAGCAGUUGAAAAAGCUGCGCAAGAAAAUCCGUGAAAUCGAACAGAUCGAGAGCAGGAUCCAAGCCGGCGAGCAGAAAAAGCUGGACAAGGACCAGCUGGACAAGGUGAAAAAGAAGUCGGAGAUCCUGCGACAGAUCAAGGAAUUGGAGAGCACGCCGCGCUCAUAGCCCAAUGCUCCAUCUCCAGAUCCAGCUCCAGUUAACUCAGAUACUGCUAUAUCCUCUCACCUCGUGAACAAAUCACCGACCAGAAGUCGCGCCGCCUCUACACGAAAGAACACAUACAUGCCUAUGUCUGUUAAAUAGUUAUAUUAGUUUUAGCCGAAGAUGUCAAGCCAUUUAGUAAUAUCGAUCUAUUUUAGUAAUGUGUGUCUGUCUUGAAACCUAGUUUAUACGAAUGGAGAAUCGCCGCGUUUAUUUAUGUAUAGGUAACUUUGUAAAUCAGAUUUAAUAAAUUAAACCCAUUUGAAGCGAA